AUGAAAGUGUAUAAAUUUCCUUCAGUACGUACUGGACCUAUGACUGAAUCCUAUACGUAUUACUCACCAACACCAAAAACGCUAUUGAUGACACAAGAACCAUGCGUUCUUGGUGUCGACGAGGCUGGCCGAGGACCAGUCCUCGGUCCUAUGUGUUUUGGAGUUACGUACUGUGCCAUCUCCAAAUACGAAAAGUUGAUAGACUUAGAAUAUAAAGAUAGUAAAAAAUUAAACGAACAAACGAGAGAAUCAUUACUUCAACGAAUGAUAACAAAUCAAGAUGAUAUUGGAUGGGGAGUACAUUGUUUAUCACCUCAAGACAUUUCAGCAUUGACUGUGCGAGAUAAUAUAAACCUCAACAAACAAUCUCACUCAUCAACUAUAAAACUAAUACGUGAAAUCAUCAAUACCAAAGUAAAUGUUGAAAAAAUUUAUGUUGAUACAGUUGGAUCACCAGAAAAAUACCAAAAUUUACUUCAAGCACAAUUUCCUCAACAAACAAUAGUCGUUGAAAAGGCCGCUGACGAUAAAUUUCCUAUUGUAAGCGCAGCAAGUAUUUGCGCUAAAAUCACGCGAGAUCAUAUAUUAAGAGACUGGAGCUUUAUUGAAACCGAUUUAAAUGAUCCCGACUUGUACGAUUACGGAUCUGGUUAUCCUAAUGAAAAAACCAAGCGAUGGUUAAAAAGAAAUGUUUAUCCACAUCAUCUCGGUUUUUAUCCUUCGAUCGUAAGAUGGCAUUGGAAACCUGCUAGACAAAUCCUUUAUGACAAAGGAUUGAUUUCCUUUGAUCAAAUUGAUAAUUGUACUUGGCCUGGACUUGAAGAUACGAACGAUACUACUAAUCAUUCAACAUCAAAUAAAAUGAAACGGUCUAAUAAAGAUAUCGGUAUAAAGAAUAAAACAAGUCGCAAGAAAACAACCAGCGGAAAAGAAAAAAAAAUAAUUGAAAAAGACCCAUAUAAUCAUUCAAUCAGAAAAUAUUUGGUGGACAAGUGCCAGGAAACCAUCUAA